AUGGACAGUCCAGACAGCGAAAAUAGUUACGAGCUGCUCUUGGAGCUAGUCAAUUCUCCAGACUUUGAUCUGCACCAGUGUCUAAGCUAUCUUCAAAAGUAUGCCGACAACAUUGGAAUACACUAUUUUCUCUGUCAGAGAGCAUCCAGAUAUCCCAUCGGCGAGCUGAGGUUUUUCAUUCCUCAAUUCCUCCAGCUGCUGAUCACGGUGGAGACGGAAUCGGUGGCUCUCGAAGAGAUGUUGAGAACUUUAUGUCUAAGAGAUGUACACUGCAGCUUGAUCACAUUUUGGCAUUUACAGGCCUUGCUCCAGGACCUGAGCAAACAACCUGAAAGCGUUGGUUUCCAAACUUGCAAACGAAUGCUCAAUGAUUUACAAUACCAGUUGUUUAACUUCUCCAAUAAUCAGCAUACAAUCACCUCUUCUGCUACUUCAUCAUCUGGCGUUGUCAGCAAGCAUGAGCUUCACAAAUCUUUCAAGGAAAACGUUGCACCCUCCAUAAUUUUAGCGACUUCCUUGAUAUCAGGAGCAAGUGUUCCUAGAAGCACCAAAUAUGUGGCACCGAUAGUACGAAUUCAAGGAAAGCGACUCAAGUCUUUUGUGUUUGAAGUGGUUAAAGACAUCAAGAAAAGCUUGAAUGAGAAUUUAACAAAGAAGAACACAAUGAAUAAUGCGCUUUUGGGAAGAUCGAGAGAAGAAGUCGAGGACUUAAGGAACGGAAAAGGUAUGAGUCGUGGAAAACGCAGCAUUUCGUCAUCAUCCAUGCACUCUAAUGACGGUCAAAGAGAGCAGCUUAAUUUUGACAUGAUAGACUCAUAUGCCGAUAUCAACAUGCCAAGCCUCAGCAGACCCUCGCUGAAAGCAAAAAAGACUUCUUUGUCUCUACUCAAAGCGCAAAGCGAUCAUUUCGAUCACCCUAACGCCCAUCACAGCGAAAGGUUGCAUGAUCAUGCGAUUUCUUCGAUGCCCAAUCUUCACAUGUUUAACAACGACAACUCAAAUACCGACAUCCCAUACUCUUCAGAUGGGUCAUAUGCUUCGUCGAUAAGGAAUUCGUUUGAUUUUAGAGAUAGCAGCGAGAUUGAGAGUCUGUAUGGCGACGAGCCGGCCUCCCCUAGCUUGCCUCAAUCUUCGAAAAUGUCUCAUAAGGUUCCCCUAUCAGAACUACAACAGGUCAAGCUUCUCAAAUCAAAUUAUUUCAAAAACGAGACCCAAUUUGUUAUAGCGCUACAGAACAUUUCAAUCAGGCUUGCCAAGGUUCCGAAGGAAGCUCGAUUGUCCACAUUGAAAGCUGAACUAGCUACACUCAAUAAAGAUUUACCUUGUGAAGUCGACAUUCCGGGCCUUUUACCGAAGAAUAAAAAAGGGAAACUUCACAGAAUUUGCAAAAUUGCAGUCAAUGAGGCUGCUGUUUUAAAUUCCGCUGAGCGCGUGCCGUACUUGCUUCUGGUAGAAUAUCUUGCUGAUGACAUUGACUUCAACCCGAAUUCGACUCAUAACAAGCUACUCUUGAGCAAAUUGGAAGACAACAAAGGAACGAAUGACACUUUCAAGUUGAGCGAUAAAAAGUAUAGGUUUGACCUGGCUUAUCCUCAUGCACCUUCUUCCUCUGCGUCCUUGAGCUCUUUUGAUAUCAAGGCGAGUACCAAUUCGAGAGAGCAGUACCUGGAAACCAGGGAAGCAGAAGAAUCUGACUUAGCUGAUUUUUCGGUUGUAAGCUUGAGCAACAAAAUCGACAAGAACGCGCACAAAACAAAAAGGCUAGUCAGAUCAAAGACCAGUAAUCCAAAGCUUGAAUCCAGUUCUCCGUCGACAGAUGUAAUUGAGGAGAGGAUAAAAAAACUAGAGCUUUCGUUCAAAUCUCAAUACGAGGGAGGAUUGGAUAACGAGAGCGAGUUGGCCAACCAGAUGAGGAUUGCAGCAGUCAUGCUUACGCAGCUAGAGUCACCUGCCUCCACGAUGCCAGGCUCGCAAGCAGCAGAGAUAAAAGCUCGCAUCAUAGAUUCAAUGAAGGCCAUGCAGCAUGGCUUUGGGGUGGACGGAUUGAACGAAAUUCGCGGUGAAGCGGGUGAGCGUAAACUUUCAAACGAUUUGAAAGUUGCUGGUCUCAGCUAUUUGGGCGAGGAUUGGAAUAGCAAGAAAGCUCGCAUUAGGGCAGAAUCAAAAUACGGACAUCUUGAAAACUGGGAUUUGUUUUCAGUCAUUGCCAAAACAGGGGAUGAUCUGACUCAAGAAGCCUUUGCUUGUCAGCUAAUCCAAGCUAUGGCUCGAAUAUGGUACCGUGAUAACGUUAAAGUGUGGGUGAAACGGAUGAGGAUUUUGGUGACGUCUUCCACCACAGGCUUGGUGGAAACAAUAACCAACGCCUUAUCGAUACAUUCUAUCAAAAAAUCUUUGACUCAAUACAUGUCAUUGAACAACGAAAAUCCUCGAGGAGAGAUUGCAACGUUAAAAGACCAUUUCAUACGCAUGUUCGGUGACGAGAACAGUCCACGAUACAAGCUUGCUCAGGAAAACUUUUGCAUUUCGCUUGCCUCGUAUUCCGUCAUAUGUUACCUUCUACAAAUCAAGGAUCGUCAUAACGGUAACAUCAUGCUGGAUUCGGAAGGACACAUCAUACACAUUGAUUUUGGCUAUCUUCUCUCCAAUUCUCCAGGGUCAGUUGGAUUUGAAGCCGCUCCUUUCAAGUUAACCAUGGAAUAUGUUGAUCUUCUUGGGGGAGUGGACUCUUUCUAUUUCCAAAAGUUCAGGACUUUAAUGAAACAGGCUUUCAAGUCACUCAGGAAAAAUGCUGACUCUUUAAUCAAUCUUGUGGAGCUCAUGCAAAAAGACUCUCAGCUUCCAUGUUUCAAAGCAGGUGUAAACACUAGCAUUCAGCUGAGGCAGCGCUUCCAAUUGCAUUUGAGCGACGAUGAGCUGGACCUGUUCAUUGACAAUGUGUUGAUAAACAAGAGCCUGGGAAGUAUGUACACAAGACUCUACGACCAGUACCAGCUUCUGACCCAGGGCAUUUACAUAUAG